AAGCUCCAGGUUCAGUUUCACAAUCAGUACCAAUUAAAAUGCAACGGAAUAAAGGCGAAUUUGUGCUUCUGUUAUUACUGCUGAGUGUGCAGAUUGCGGUUGGUGUGUGGCUAAAGCGAUAUAUUGAGACAUCCCAUCGGCCUUCCUAUUACAAUCGAGGGCACAAUCAAAAUAUGCACGUUGACUAUAAUCGUGAUAUCUUAGCUGAACGCGAUCGUAAAGGACAAGUAGCACGCAGUUUCGGAUUGCCAACAUUUGAUCCCAACGUGCAUAAAAGCUACUAUGUGCACAUACUAUACAAGGGUUCGGUUUUUUGUGCCGGCGCUCUUAUCUCCCACCGCAUGGUCAUCACCUCGUCCCGCUGUUUCCUGAACAACGAGAAUGAGCCGACGCGCGAAUACAAGGCCAGGCAGAUGUCUGUGUUGCCGGGGCAUAAAUUCGGUAGACCUAAGCGGAAGGUCUCCAAUGUCAGGGCGUUUUAUUUGCCCACCAGCAAACAUGGGAACGGAAAUGUCCACGAUAUUGCGCUUCUGGGUUUGAAAAAGAAGAUGGAUCGGAAGAGUCGCUAUAUAAAGCUCUUUGAACAAAUGCCAAAAAUGGGCAGUACUGUGAAUAUGUCCUUUGUGGACUCUAAGACCCAAGAGAUUACCCUGUUUAAAACCAAGGUGGUAGAUUUCGAGGAAUGUAAGAGCUCCUUUGAGCAGAGCGGCAAAAUUGCUAUUCCCUUUGACAAAGAGUUCUUCUGUGUGAGGAAUAUAAAGACUGGAGGCUGUAGCACACGCGCCGGCGAUCCGCUGAUCGUUGACAGCCAGUUGGCCGGCGUCAAUAUUUAUGGCGAGCAUUGCGAUGAGUUGGAGGGACAUCAUAUAGUCGAUAUUUACUAUGCCAUACCGCAUACCAUACCAUUUAUACAGAAGGCAACGGAUCUACUUAGAGCCUUAACAGGCACGGGUCCCUUCAAUGAAUCGAUAACAACGAGAAGGACACAGCUGAAGCCAGAGACAACCACAGUUAAAUUGAUUACUACUACUCGUCGUUCAGGGUAACAUAAUUAUUUACGGAAUGUUUAAUACAUCGAUGGAGACAUUUUCGUGCCCAUGUAGUGUAUAUAUUCCAGAUGAGUCCAACAGUCGAGUCCAUAAAGCCGUAUCCACUUUAAAAACUCUCUGUAUGAAACUUGUCAUUAAAAUACUUUACUAUACUUCUUAAUAAAUGGGCAAAAUAUUAUCAA